AUGGAUCCUCCGUUAAACUACGACAACGUUCAUCAUCGUAGCCAAUAUCCAGAUAAUACGGGUUCAUCGGAAUAUUACAACCCGGUAAAUUCACAGCAGUUCUUCGAUGACACAAGCGGACAGGGCAACUAUCGUGGUGAUGCCAAUUCACCACCUCCAUCGACCGUGCCUAAUAAAAUGUUUACUGACCCUCUUGCUAGCAUGGCGCUCCAGUACGGUAGUAAUAUUGCAACUUCUGGCCAGGAAUAUGUUAACAGUAACUUUGCUAGAUUUAUUCCAGUUACGAGCCUGAAAUACUACUUUGCUGUGGAUAAUUCCUACGUUUUUCGUAAACUCCUCCUCUUAUUGCUACCUUAUGCACAUGCGGACUGGUCAAUUAGGUAUGCCAAAUCAGAACCGGUGGCACCGAGACAUGAAAUUAAUGCUCCAGAUUUAUACAUACCGCUUAUGGCAUUCGUCACUUACGUCAUUAUCUCCGGUUUGGUUCUUGGAGUUCAAGAUAAAUUUUCACCUGAACAUUUAGGAAUAAUCGCUAGCACAGCCUUUGUGAUGGAAUUCCUAGCCGUGUGCUUAAUCUUUGUCACUCUUUAUUUCAUGAACAUCAAUUCCGCUAUUAAAACAUUUGACCUAAUUGCGUUUUUUGGCUAUAAAUAUGUCGGAAUGAUCUUCUGCAUUGUUAUUGGUGUGCUUACAAACAGUCUCGGAUACUAUUGCACUCUUGGUUGGACAGGUUUGGCCGUUAGCUUUUUCCUGGUUCGCACUUUACGAUUAGUUAUUUCUCAGGAAGCGACGUCAAACGUAAUGGGUCCUGUCGGCAAAAAAAGGAUUUACGUUUUGAUUAUGAUAGCAUUAUUGCAACCGAUUAUAAUGUAUUGGCUAACCUAUCAGUUUAUUAAGUAA